AUGGCCGAUACCACUGAUGGGACAGAUUUGAAUGAGCUCGGGUUAAAUGGAGAACGUGGUGGUCUAACACAAAAGAAUGAUAGCCAACAACUUGAAAAUGAAGAUGAUUUGGCAACACAAGAUAUUCAAGAAUUGGCAAUGAGUCCAAAGUCUCGAGAUGGACAAGAAUUAGCAAAAAUCCCAUUUGUUGGUAUGGAGUUUGAGGAUGAGGAGGAAGCAUUUCGAUAUUACUUGGAUUAUGCAAAGUCCAGAGGUUUUGGGGUAAGAAAGGGUCAUGUGUAUCGUUUGUCUCGUUCUCAAUUAAUUACAUGUCGAUACUUUGUUUGUGAUAAGGAAGGAGCCAAGUUGGUAGACAAAAGGCAACUGGGAAAAAUUGUUCAAAGACGUAGAGAUACAAGGACAAAUUACCAAGCUCGGAUGGUAGUGUCAAAAAUGAAGAAUGGGUUAUGGACAGUGAAGACCUUUGAAGAUGUUCAUAACCAUCAUUUACUAAGAACUCCCUCUAAGGUGAUGAAGAUGCGAUCUCACCGCCAUAUCAGUGUGACAUGUAGAAGUUUAAUGGAGACAUUGCAUAAGAGUAGAGUGGGACCGAGCCAAAUGUCUCGAAUAUUGAAUGAAACACUUUCAAAUACAAGGUCUGCAUCUAUUACCCCGAACGAUUGUUCAAAUCAUUUGAGGGGAGUUCGAAGUAACAAUAUUGGGCAAGAAUGCAUGGCUAUUGUUAAGUUUUUCAAGGAGAAAAAACUCAAUGAUGAUUUUUUCUUUUUUGAUAUGGAGCUUGAUGAGUUUGGUCAAACUAGAUGUGUCUUUUGGGCAGAUGGAAGAUCUAGAGUUGCAUAUUCAGAAUUUGGAGAUGUUGUCGUUUUUGAUACUACAUAUCAAACAAAUAGAUUUUGUUUCCCCUUUGCUCCUUUUGUUGGAGUCAACCAUCAUAAGUAG